AUGGGGGUCUUCCUCCGCUGGCCCCCCCUGAUCCUGUGGGCGGCUGCCCACCUGCUGCUCCUGGACUGCGCAGGUAAGGACUCUGCUCUGGGGCGGGGGGAGAAAAUCAUUUGCACUAAGCUCUGGGGCGGGGGGGGGGGACUGGACACAUGAGACUUUGUGAAUUGCAUUUCGUGGGCACUGAAAGGGCGAUCGGGGGGAUUCCUGACCGAGGUGGAGCCGGAUCCCUUCCCAGACAUCUGUUUCCCAGACUUGGGGCUUAUUUUGUAUGCCGUCCGGGGCAGGGGCCGCUUCACUCCUUGGCUCGUAAGGUCAAUCAAAGAAUUAAACAAAGCUUGAAGGUGUUGGCAGGAAUAAUGGUGGGGAAAGUGACUCGCUUGUCCCCCCCCCCCCCGCAGCUUCGUGUUGACUCUGGUGUGUGUGUGUGUGUGUGAGAGAGAGAGAGAGAGAGAGAGAGAGAGAGACAGACAGAGUACAGGUCCUUCCUUUUCUAUUUUUUACCUUCCCUCUUCUAACCCUCUAACCCUCAGCCGCUCUGAAAACUCAGCUAAACACUCAGGAGACCAGCCUGGGGGUGGGAGCUGGACACGUGUAGCAGUCUUUAUGGGGGGGGGGGAUGGGGACGUCUGAAUAAGGGGUCCCCACCCGCAAUUCCCAAUGUUGUUUUGUUCAGGAAUUCCCUUUCACAGCCACAGUCAUAAUCAGGUUCGCCUGCUUUACAGUUCUGACUCCCCCCCCCCCCAAAAAAAACAAACACUUUCCUGUUGUCUGUCAGAAAUGUGGAUUUUGUAAAUUAUGCAGGGAGCUCCUCUGUGCCGUUCCUGUACAGCCCCUUUCACUACGUUUUGAACACUGUGUAUCCGAAGAAGUGUGAAUGCACACGGAAGCUUAUACCCAGAACAAACUUAGCUGGUCUCUAAGGUGCUACUGGACAAUUUUUUAAUUUCGACUGUGUCAGACCAACACGGCUACCUACUUGAAUCUUUUUUGUAAAUAAUUCUUGUGGUUUUCUAAUGGAAAAUGGUGUGAAUAUAAUACUAUCUUUAGUUUAAAAGUUGCUUGUUGCAUAAAAAUUCUCAAUGUAACUUAAAAGCUUUAAGAACUAAAGAGUAAGACCUGUUAUUUCUCUCUUGAACCCUCCCCAUAUGGGGGGCUGCCCCCUCACUGUGCUACAGGGCUGGGCAAAGGGUGGUGGAGACCACUGUUUCCUUCAGAUUCCUCCUCAUUUUGGGGACUCAAGUGUGACUCAUUUUGUGGCUCUUUGUCUCCUGACCACUGAGCAGAACUGCCUGUGUUGUUCAGCCAGAUGCCACAACCAGAGGCAGCCUUGCUCUGAGCUCUUGUGGUUUGAACUGGGGGGAGCCCCUGCCCUGGGAGGGCUGGCCUUGGAAGUGGAUCCCAUUUGAUCUUGCCUGAAAGGAAACCAAACCAACCAUCAAGGCAUAUGUGAGUCAAGCAAACACAUCUUGCAGGUUUUCGCUUCCUUGAACUUUGUUUUCCGCAGUGGAUCUCCCUCAGAAGGUGGUAGAUUCUACUUCCUUGGAGAUUUGUUAGCAGAGGCUGUAUGGCCUUCUGCCAUGUAUGCUGCAGUCGAGAUGCCAGCAUCGCAGGGGGGUUGGACCCUCAGAGUCCCGUCUAUGGUUUUUAUUUUAGUUUCCUAGUUGUUUUGAGAUGAGUCACUGGCCAAACUCAAGCGGGCUUCUUCCUCCUUGAGGGUGAAGUUGUCCAGAGUGCAUUCAAGACAAUUUUCACAGGGUCCUCAAGGACCACCUCUUUCUCUAUGAACCCACCUGGACCCUGAGAUCAUCUUCUGAGGCCCUCCUUCCUCUGCCUCCUCCUCUAGUGGUGUGGAGGGCGGAGGGUGACAGCAGAGCGAGAACAGGGCCUUCUCUGCAGUGGCUCCCUGUCUGUGGAAGGCUCUCCCCCGGGAAGUUCGCCUGGCACCUUCAUUAUACACCUUUUGACUAAAUCAGGCAAAAACAAUCCCUUUUAACCAGGCCUUUGAUUGAUUUGAUUGACAUCCUUUUAAAAGUAUUGGGUUUUGGGGGGGUAUUGGCUUUUUUAUUAUUGAAUAUUUUGUGGUUUUAUAUUUUGAUUUCUGAAUCUCUGGUGAGCCAUGCCUGAGAACCAUCCAGGUAGUAGAAGUAGCAGUAUAUAAAUUCAACAAAUAAUAAUAAUUAUACGUCCCAUUUCUGCUACCUGAGGCAAAACAGGAAUAGCCCCCUCUUCCCCUUUUAGCACUGUGCCCCUUUACCUUCCGCCAGGAAAAUGCCCCAUCUCUCGCUGAACUCGACUCAGCUUUUCCCUCAGAGGGGGUGUCCUGGUGGGGGCAGGAGCCCCAGGUAUGAUGCUGAAAGCCUGUGAUGAGCUCCCUCCCUCCCCAAGUCUUUGUGAGCUGUUUCUGUGGGUCUCGGAUAAUCUCUAGGCAGAGAAUGGGACAGGUGUUGAAAGGAAGGAAGCCUUUCUUGGUAUUGACAUAGUCAUCUUUUAAAAUUGAGUUUAUAUCCCCACGUUCCUCCCAAAGGAAUUAAGGGGCUGCAGCUGUCUUGGGGGGCCCUCUCUGUGGGGCUCAUCCUGUACCCUAGAGAAGAUUACGAGUACCAUGUAGCCUUGGCUCUUUCCUCAUGCACAAGGGAGGCACACAGCCCCCUUAGUACACAUUCACUGUGACUUGGGAAGAGGGUUAAGGAGUGUGGGGAGUGAGCAGAAACAGCAAAAUCUGCUGAUGGACGUCAACAAAAGUUAAUUGCUUCUGAUGGGGAUCUGCUGUGGAGACUCAUUAGGCCCCCUGGUGGCCAGAGCUCUGUCCCCCUUCCUGUGUUCGAUCUUGUGAAGGGGCAAGUGGGGGGAAAGGGGAUGUGGGGCCACAUGUUGAGACCUGACCCCAGAGUUGCAUUUGCCCUCCUGCCCCUGAUAUCCCUGUGGGGCCUUCUUUCUCAAGUGGGGAACCCGCUCUGUGGGUGGCAGCUCAGACCAUUGAAAGAUUGCAGCAUUGAACCAUUUAAACACUGAUUCUCAAAAGGGGAUCCAGGAAGGAUCUCGGAAAUCACAGGCCAAUUAACUUUACAUCUCCCUGGAAAACUGGUGAAAAGUGCAGGAAACUGGAAUGCAUUUACCUUGAAGGACUUCAGCUGUAUGCUGGAACCACACCAAUUAUAUAUGCAGAAGGCAGAGAGCUCUUUUUGUGCAAGGUUUUCCCAGUACUGAAAGAGUUUUGAAGCUCUCUGCCUUGCAUAACAGACUCUGGCAGGUUCUCACAGGAUCUUGUGGGGCUCUCCUGAGUUCCCAGGAGAUCUUUCCAAAGCCUCCCAGAGCCCAGGAAGCAAGACACAGUUCAGACCUAGUCAGUGCCUGGCUCCAGAAGGUCAGAUUGUGGGGCGGCUCCAAGGGAGUGGCUUCACUAGGCCCGUUUCUGCAGAUAUGAGCCAUCCCAGUCAGGACAGACAACUCUGAGCUACCUGGACCAGUGUUCUGACCCAGGAGGAGGCAGCUUGCUGUUCUCCCAAUAUACGGAUUUUGCUUCGUCUGGUCUCCCCUCCAUCCACUUCCCAGACCUGAGCCUGCUUAGCUUCUGUUCAGUGCCUGCAUCCUGAGCCUUCAGACCAUGUUGUGGGAGCUCUCAUCAGCCUGGCGCUUGCAAGUGGGGGGCAAUUCCUGCCCCCUUGGCAAAAAGGGAGGGGCUGGCCUCUCUCUCCCUCACACGGAGUCUCAGCAGAGACAUGCAGAGAUUUAGUGCUGCCUGGCAGAGCUUUUUCUCGCCCUCUGCUCCAUGGGCUAUUGUUGUUGUUACUUGUAUUUAUAUCCUCUCCCCUUUCCAACUCUCUGAUUCUUAGGCUCCCUCUGCUCUGCCUCCUCUGUGUUUAAAGGCAGGCCUACAAACUCCCCCAAACCCUGCUGAACUUUGGAUCUCCUAAUUUAGGGCUGCUGCCUGCAAUACAGCAGGAUUAGGCCACUGCCUUCAUCUGCAGGACCCCUAACUCUCUGCCCCCUUUUCUCUUCCUUUCCAGGCUCCACUUCUCACUCCAUGCGCUACUUUGCCACAGCCGUGUCUGAGCCUGGCCAGGAGCUGCCCCAGUUCAUUACUGUGGGGUACGUGGAUGACCAGCAAUUUGUUCAGUACGACAGUGACACCAAGGAGUAUCUGCCUCGCGUCCCCUGGAUGAGGAAGGUGGAAAAGGAGGAUCCUCAGUACUGGCACAGGAACACUCAGAUCGCUCAGGGCAAUGAGCUGCGGUUCAGGGUGGAUCUGCAGACUCUGCGGAAUCGCUACAACCAGAGCGGAGGUGAGUGGAAGGCAGGAGAGACACAGAGUCACACCUCUCCCCCCCAUAACGUUUCCUCCAAGGGCCAGAAUUGCAGGGAGGGGGCUGCUGGGAGGAAAGGAAAUGGAGGGUGGGGGUCUCCACCAGGGCAGAGGCAUCUCCCCUUCCCUUAAUGAAGGUCUUAAUGGGGGCUGGGAUGGUGUGGGGUGGGGAGGACAGAGAACAAGACUUGGAGGGGAGAGGACCCCCCCCCCCCCCAGUAUGACCCUCUCUGGACCUGCACAUCCUACCAAGGAAAUGUCUCCAUUGCCUGCCCUUCCUUCCAUGCUAGGCUCAACUUAGGCUUUUUGAGGUGGAAAUCUGUCUAGUUCGUUUUCCUCUGGGGGGGAGGGGAAGAGAAGGGUGGGGAUCCUGAGGCUGAGACAAGCAAGCCUUGAGUUCUGGUCCUGCUUAAGGAGAAGCCAGCUGCCCAGACAGAGGUGCUGAUUGGCUGACCCUUCUGACCAUCACAAGCCCCUCCCACUCCCCGGCACAGUGUUGAAAGAGAAGCCUUUUUAAGGAACUUGAACGGACUGGCUUCUGUGGGUGAAAGUGGCAACUACAUGGUUAAAACCAUAAGCACACUUCAUUGCAAUAAAAUUUCUAAACAGAUUUGUAAGAAAUACUAAAAUUAUUGGUAAAUAUAGUUUAAAACAACAGACAAAAACAAUUAAAACAUUUUUGGAAAUGAAGAUUAAGAGGAAAAAAGAUUUAAACAUUGACAUCUAUGUGUUUGGUUAGGCUUGCCUAAACAUAAAUCUUUUUAGCAGGCACCAAAAGUUAGAUUCCAUGGGCCUCUUAUCUCGCAGCCAAGCUGUUCUUAUGAUCUGUAAUGGCUUAACUAACCCUAAGGCCAGUUCAAACAGUUCAGUCCUAAGGUGUCUGGAAGAGCUUACUUCCUAAGAAUGACAUUUACGAUUGAUGCUUUAAGAUACUCCCAGUUUUUUCUCUGCACAAUUUUCAGCAUAAAUAAAAUAGAAUUCUAUAAUAGUUCAAAAAAUCAUAGGAUCGUAGGGUCGGAAGGGAACCCAGGGCUCAUCUAGUCCAACCCCCUGUAGUGCAGGAAUCUCAGCUAAAGCAUCCAUGACAGUUGACCACCCAGCCUCUGCUUAAAAACCUCCAAGGAAGGAGAUUCCAUCACUUCCCAAGGGAGCCCUUUCCGCCGUUGAGCAGCUCUUACCAUUAAUAUGAAUGGAGGGCAGGGACAGAGGGAACGGACCCAAAGAUUUCUGUUUCCUGGAACAGACACGUCUAGUCUCCAUGCAGCUGAAGCCACUAUUCCAUGUUGCAGGGACCCAAGUGGCAAGCGAUAAUGUCCACACAGAACGGGGGUGGGGAACCUGUGGCUGUGGGCCAGUCUUGGCCUGCCAGGGGGUAGGAUUUGCCCCAUGAGCAGAAGUAAAAUCCUGCUCAGUUUGGCAGGACUUCAUGUUCCGGAUUCAGGAGGGGAUUUGCGUCAGAAUGUGGCUGAAAUGAAGGGCUUCCCCUGGAGAUGAGGAAGAAGCAGUUUGCCAGCUUCCCCAAGGGCUGAGUGCAAGGCAGGCAGCGCCCCUUGUGUUGCAGUUCCCAAGAGGCUGCGCACCUGCUGGGUGCUUGGAAACCCCUUCAAGGGCUUUUGGAAGGUGGGUGAGAUGGACGGGUGGGCUAUGCCAUGAUGCCAGCUUCAGCCUCCUGCCCCUUUUGGCCCAGGGGGACAAUCCUGAUCAGGAUCUGGGCCCUGAAGCCAAAGAGAUUCCCCACCUGUGACACAGAAUAAUGGAGGUGGAAGGAGCCUUGCCAAAGGGGUCAGCCUGAGUGUAUCCAAAGCCCUCUGGGGCCUUCGUUUGCCUUGUCAGGCUUGCAAGGAAGAAACCCAGGGGGUCAGCUGAGACCAAGCCAGCGCUGCAAUGGGCAGGUCUGCUUUUCUUGCCGUGGGAUCAGGCCUGGCCUUGCCUUGCAGGCUUCCUCUUGGGCUCCUGGGAAUUCUGCUUCUCCCCCUUUUAAAAAUGGGGAUUGGGUCCCUCCUGAGCCCCUGCACCUAUCCAUGGAAAAUGCCCCAUAAAUGUCACCAAGGAGCGCCUCUCGUUUCCUGAUCAUUUCUUGCAAUUGCUUAGCUCAGAGAAUCCCAAACUAAUGAGGUGGCCACUUUAAAAGUGCCACGGACAGCCCUGGAAAUGUUAUCUGAUUCUAUUUAAAAACAAUGUUGAAGGUACAGGUGUAUCGGGAUUGAUCCCACUUAACAGCUUGAGGAAACGGGAGGGGAAUGAGCUUCAUUCAUAAAAUGAGGGAGAAAGCAACUUAUGCUGAAGAAGCAAUGAGACAAAGCAACUCCCCUCCAAGCAAAAGCUCCAUAUCCAGACCAGCUGGUGGGGUUUGUGGUUUGGUUUGUUGUUUGCAUAGGUCAACCACAAACCAUUGUUUGAGUGCAUAAAAAGAACUAUAUCACCUUGGGACAUGGUCUUGUAGAAGGUUCUUCUUCUUCUUCUUCUUCUUCUUCUUCUUCUUCUUCUUCUUCUUCUUCUUCUUCUUCAAUAUGUUGAGUAGUUCUAGAGGGAGGACUCCAAAGUAGUAGCUCUGUUACAAUCAUUCUACUUCCCAGUGGGAGCAAUUUCCCUUCUCCUCCCCCCGCACACAUUUCUGGGGUUUCUCCCAGCCCCCAACCCUACCCCACCCCCCCAGCUGAUUUGUGGGGAAGGAGAUGGGGAGAAAGCCCCAGUUGUGCAAGUAAGACUUGGUUUUUAGACUAGCUGUGUUAGCUGAAUCCAGCCCAGGAAAGCAGGAUUUCUGUUGAGAGAGGCUUCUGUAAUGCAAGACAUUCUAUACCCAAACUCAAUUCAGCUGUAAGCCAGAGGCUCCUGAGAUGAAAGGGGAAGCCUGAAUCAGAAGUGAGAGCAACCUGGUGUCCUCUGGGACAGCCUCUCCUCCAUUGCUGAGCUCCCUCAGGCUACCAAAGAGCAACAGAACUCUGUGCAUGGCCAGGAGCAGCCAUUGCCAUUUCCCAUCCUGUCUUGGGGUGCCUGACGUAGCUUCUCUCCAUGGUUUUGUUGUGGGAAAUCCAAAUGGCUGUCUGCUGUCCCUGCUGGCUGGCCUAGAGGAGACAGGGCUGGGGUCCUCAGCACCCGUGGGCCCUGCCAGGGGUCUGGGGUCUCAGCGGGUGCCGGGUGAUGCCACCUGCCAAGUGAAAACACCACAUCAAUGCUUCAGAUACUGGAAUUGAAGAGCAGAUUUAAAAGUCACGAGCAUUAGCAUAUAUAAGAACAUCUCACAGUUAUGUGGUCUGAAUGAGAGCAGAAUAAUCUAUAUUUCCAUUUCAACCAGUUGUGACUGAAGUAACAGAGGUCAAAAUUUAUCCACGGCACCUCUUUCCACAGCAAUAAAUGGGAUGUAUUGAAUCUUUGAGCUGCCUUCCAAUAAAGUCAGUUGAUUCCACUCCCAUUUGACUCCCGGAACCGUUCGAAAACCGAGACGCAGCUUCCUGCACUCAAUCGGAAGUUUGGCUUCCAAAGAACGUUUGCAAACCAGAACACUUACUUCUGGGUUUGCGGUGUUCGGAAGCCAAGCCGUUUGACAUCCAAGGAACCACUGUGUUCGUUGAAGAAGGAUUUAUUAGGUGGACAUGGACUGGCUAAUGAAAACCAGCUCUUCUUUUAUUAUCAAUUGACUGAAGGUUUUAUUAAAGUAUUUAUAAUAUAUACUUUCCAUAAAAGUGUAUCAAGAUAGUAUACAACCUAGAAAGUUAUAAUAAAAUCAGGAAAAAUCCAUUGUUACGGUAAAAUCUGGGUGCGAGGCUGCUCUGCCACCCAGCUCGUCGGACUAAGUCCGCGGGUCCCUGCGGAGGAAAAUGAGCUCAGCCGGAGACGGGAGCAAGUUGCAGAAGAUCCGAGUUUAUUGCGCAACAGGUUCAAGGCGAGAUGGAACAGCGAGAAAGGGGUGACAUGAACUUUUGAAACUUCCCUCCAUGUCCCAGAAUACAGUGCAAAAUACAUCCCAGUUACAUCAUGAAUACAUUAAGAAGAGGUUGGGUUACACUGAUUACAUCAUGAAUACAUUAAGAAGAGGUUGGGUUACACAGGAUUAACAUAUGGAGGAGGGAGGGGGGAAUAUGCAGAGCUGGAGAUUUGCGCUGAUAAGCACAUCCUGAGAAGACAAUGGUCCAUGUAUGCAUAGUCUGCCACCUGGCAUCGCCAGGAGGAAGGGCUUGGCAGAGCGAUUUGACAGGAUUAGGGUCUUGACACCUUGCUUGAGGGAUUAUGGAGGACAGGGGAGGUGUCAUGGAGUCCUAGAGAAAUUGAGCAAAUUGGCACAUUGAUUUUCUAUGAAUUUUAUAGAUUUUAGUCCCUUUUGACAUUGACAAUUGGAAAUAAAUGGAUAUAUUGUAGCGAAGAAGAAGGUGAAGAAGACAUGCCCCCCCCUUCCGUAUCAGCAUAAAAUGUACAUAAAACAUCAGCAAACACUAUUUAUUUAUUUAUUUAUUUAUUUAUUUAAAUGUUAUUGUUGUUUUGAAGAUUUGGUGGUAGCCCCCUGGGGUGGGCAGGAGGAUGCAGGGACCCGCCAUCUUUGACAAGGGCAACCUGGCUUCUGCUGAGAAGGGGGCCCAUUUUGAAGUGGGGCAAACCCCCCUUGUGGCUAUGAGGAAACUUCUUUUUCCGAAGGCCCUUCCAUGACUUUCCUCCUUUUAGGGAAAAGGUCCUUGAUAUUGAGAAGCUGGGGGAGAGAGAUGGAGGGGAAGAGGAGCCCUACUCUCUUGAAAGGGCCCCCAAUGUGUGGGUGUCCCCCUUCCAUGUUGCCCCUUUCUUCUUUUUCGGGGGGGGGGGGAUCUGAGGCGUCUCUCCCAAAGGGGCAAGAUCCAGAGGAGCAGAGCUGGGGGCAAAGAGGGACAGACUGUGACCUCCGACCUGCAAGGGAUGCUCCCCACCCCUCCCCCGCCUCCAGGGAGUUGGGAGAAUCCACAGGGAAUUAGGGGGGGGAGAGAGAGAGGCGAUGGGGGGGCAAUUACAGGGGGACUUGUAGCGUUUGCCUCAGUGAACGUGUUAUGCGGAUGAGCCUUCAGAAAGAUAGAGUGCUGGUUGAUUUUUCUCCCCUCUGACUGCUGCCUCUUCCCUGAGUCUGAGGCAAAUGAAUCCUUUUUCCUGGACUCUUUUGCUGAUGGGGGAGGGGCUGCUCUGACCCCCCCUUGACCUUCUGGGCCUCUUUUGACCCUUCCAGGGAUCCACAUCAUUCAGAAGAUGUACGGCUGUGAGCUGAGGUCAGACGGGCGCAAAGGAGGAGGGUAUUUCCAGUACAGCUAUGACGGGAGAGACUUCAUCGCCUUUGACAAGGAGACCCAGACCUGGACGGCAGCCCAGACGGAGGCUGAAGCGAGCAAGAGGAAGUUGGAUCCUGACUUGGCCCAGAACCAGUACCAGAAAGCCUACCUGGAGGAGGAGUGCAUUGAGUGGCUGCAGAAAUACCUGGACUACGGGAAGGAGACUCUGCUGAGGACAGGUAAGGGGGGGAGGGGAGGGGGGCUCAGUGGGGCAGUUUCCCUACAAGCUCCCCUCCCCCCCUUAACAAUCUUCCUUUCUGGACCAAACAGCAAACACUUUUCUUGGUGGGGGCGGCAGAAAUAAGUUUGGGCCUCUGGGAGGAGAAAAGGGGUCACUUCAGAGUAUGAUGGGGGAGAGGAGAUGCUUAAAAACAGCCCCACAUGCCUAGAAUAAGGGAUGGCAAAAGACAAAUGGGGGAGGGGGCAGAAAGAAACAGCAGGGAAGGGGCCAGGAAAGCAAAAUGCGUUUUAAAUUAAGUAAAAAAAGAAAAUUGAAAUGGACAGAUUUGAGGCGGGAUACAGAAAAACCUUUUGCCUUUACACUUGGGUAGGGGAAAGUGGGGCAGAUUGAUGCAGAAAAAUUAUGUCUCAUCUUUUAUGUACCAAAAUGAGUCAAAUAAUUGCUUUAUGCAUGGCAUAACUAAUCAAUAUUAUAACAGCCAUCAAAAGAGCCAUUAAAGUUAGAAGAUAAUGAGAAUAUAAUGACUUGAAUAAAAAAUGGGUUUUGUAUCAUUCUGCCGCAACUACGGGGCACUUUGAUACAGUGGAUGGGGCACUUUGAUACAAAGAGUAAAUUGUAUGAGAAUGGUAAUUAUUUACAAAAAUGUAAUGAACAAAACAAUUUUUAUUAUGAGAGCUUAUAAUCAGCCCUACAAUUUGUUACUUAAAAACCUAAAUUACGUAUCAAAACUAACACAGUUUCACACAUGUCAUAGACUUUAUGGCAGGUUUUCUUAACGAAACAUCAAAACUUGUAUUAAUCUUUCCUCAAACACCUAUCCAUUUAAAGAAAAUCUUUGGAAAAGGUUUUAAAAGUAUAGGAACUCACAUUAGGUAGUCAAAAAAUAUGCUUAGAAAAAAUAAUAUAUUUCCUUAACAUUUAGCUUCUUUUGCACAUUAUAUCCACUGAAGUCAAAAGAAAAAGUAUAAAGAGAUGAUGUUCGAGAUGUGCCCUUUGAGAAAUUUGGUUUGCCAACUGCAAAACAACAUCCUUGAAAUCAAUGCUUGCCUUAUCUUCUAAAAUGGGGAAGACAAACAUACAAGAUCCUGGAUAUUUCCUCAGAUAUGACAUUUGAUAAUCAAUCAUAUUAUAUUUAGAAAUGACUUUGGCUACGUAGUAAACAACAGUUUGUUUGUUUUUCACAUUUCACGAGUAGGAAAUCAGUUUAGAGAUUUCAUGCAAACUUGUAUAUUGGGGCACUGUUGUACACUAGCGGGGCCCCAUGUCUAUACGUAUCAAGCGCCCCACCGUGACUUAGUGUAUCAGAAAUGCUCCAACGAAUUAUUCAGAAAACCACUGAACUUAUUUUAAAAUCAGGUGUAAUCCUGAUUACUGAAUGAGAUAAUUUACCUUUGGUAUUUUAAAAUCUUAACUAAACGACGAAAAACAACAUUGGAACACUUUUACACUUAAUAAUAAUAAUAAUAAUAAUUUUUAUUUAUAUCCUGCCCUCCCCAGCCGAAGCCGGGCUCAGGGCGGCUAACAACAAUAAAAUAGUACUUCACAUAAUUUUUUAGUUGGCCGCGCUAAAAACACACCUCUCGUCAAAUGCCAGUGGAGAACUGGCGGGCAGCGCGGUCGCAACUGUCAUACUCACAGUUGUAUAGACAUGUUUUAGUGAUGUCACGACACGAAUAACGUUUCUCAAUAUUGAAAUAUUGUUGGUGUAUCAAUGUGCCCUUUGCAUCAAUGUGCCCUGCCUCCUCCUACAUACCUAUGGGGAAAGUCUUUAAAACUAAAUUAAUUAACUUUUUUUAAAAUAGAAAAUGUGUGGGGAGCCCAUGAAGUAUGGAUGCAGCCCCCUCAUUAAGUCUGUAGGUUAGCCACUUGUGGCCUAGAAGCAGAAAACCUGCACAUAGUGAGAGAGUAUGGGAAGUCCCUCUUCUACCUUCUUACAUCUUUUAUUUGUGAUGAAUUUUACUUUUUCCCAUGGGGAACAUUCAGAAGUGUCAUCUUCCCCAACCCCAUGCCUUGAAAUGGUACAGUCCACUCUUCUGCCUUCAGGAAUCUGGCACAGGGGCCAGUCACAUGAUCAAGUGUUUGGACUGGCUUUCUUCCUGUCUCUAUUAGCUUUGCUGAUACUAACAUUAAUUGAAAAUGAAAUAAUUCUAGCACCCUCCGUUUUUGAGGACUGACACAUACGUAUUAGCCGUGCUUAGAGAGAUCUGAGCAAAUUCAUCUAUGGGGCCUGGUGAUAAUUCACCCCAGAGACACUGAGCAUAUUUGUUGAGGUUGAGGAUUUCGCUCCAAAAUCCACAAGGGUGACAACGUGCAAAGGAGGCUGGGAAUCAUCCUCUUUGGGACGGAGGUUCUGCUGAGGUCAGGUGGGGUGGGGUGGGGAGGUCUUGUUUUGGGUUUUUGUGGGGAAAGGGCUUGACCUUCCUUCCUUCCUUCCUUCUCCCCCCAGCAGAGUCACAUCCCCUCCCAGACCUGAGUUUCCAGUACAGGCAUUGCAAAGUGGGUGGGAUCCUGGAACAGCCCCUUCAGACAACAGCUACCCAGGGAGCCAGUUUUUGAACAAGGGUUACAUUCUGCAAAUCUUGCCUAAAGCCACAAUCGUGUAUAGUCAAAACACAUUGGAUUCAUGGGCGACUGGGUUUGCCAAAGUCCUUCUUUCCCAGAUGCCCGCCUCCUCUUUUUGUUUUUUAGAAUAUUUUUGGCAAGUGCGUAAAGCUGAAUGUGCACAAGUUAAAUGUGCGCAAGUUGCUGGCUUACUGGGCCUCCUGGUCUGCCCUUUCCACUCCAGGGGAGGCUGCCGUGGAGAAGGGAGAUGGGCCCUUUCCAACCUCAAGGGACCCUUUCAGGGCAGGCGGGAGAACUAGAAAGGAGCUCUGUCUUUCCCAGGGCUGUUGGCUUUGUUCACUAACCAUGGAGCUGAAAAGUCCCGGAGAACAGAGAGCAGUGAGUCCAGCAUUUCUUUCCCCUCAAGAGAGAAAUCAGGAUCAGUUCAUGACUUGCAACUUGGAAGGAUCUGAAGGCAUCCCACUAUUGGGGACCUGGUGAAAUUUGCCCCUCAGCCUAGAGGCAGCUCCCUGGGACAAUCUUGGAACCACAAGUUGUCAUGUUUGAGUAGCGUUAGAGCUUUAUCAAGAUUGUCAGCAUUGCCCUUGAGCCAGUGCCACCAACUGGACUCAUCCACUUCAGCCCCGACUGGGCUAGGCGAGCUGGGUAGCACUUCCAGAGACCACCUUCUGCACAGGAACAGGUCAAAGUGCUGUGGACUCACAGCUUAGAGUUGUGAGCACCGGAUUCACUCCAACAAGAAGACAGUCGUCGCACAGCAGAGUCUAGCAGAGUAUAUAAACAACUCGGAGAGCAGCUCUGUAGAAUAUCUUCUUUAUUCUAUCUACAACUAUUAUACAACUAUAUACAGAGCUAAAUAGGUCUAAGCAUAAAUAAAUGCUGCACUGCACUGAGUGUCUGCAGCUGCUCUUAGCAGCAACCUUAUCUAUACACACGAUCUCUAACACUCAGUCUCUCUCUCUCUCUCCGACACUGACUGACUGACUGAUUUGGUGCUGGAGCAGAAUAAGUAGAGAGCAGAACAUGCCUCCUCCUCUCUGGAGAAUCAGCAGACUCCUCAGGAGAUUCUUGGAUAUGGGAGGGGUGAAAUCUCCUCAAAGAUGACAAAUUAAUUUAAUUUUUACCCAGCCCUCCAUCCCAAAGGAGUCUGCUUUGGCAAACAAAGGAUAAAACAUUUAAAACAGUUCCAGCAUAGACACUGACUGGGGAAGAUGCCAAGGCAGGUUGAGGAAAUCCCAUUUAUUCAAAGUUCUUUUUAAUUUCUGCAGAUGUGAGAUUCUGACUAGGUUGCCCCUUGUAUCCCUGCUCCUCUGCUCUUUAAAAAUACAGGAUUCCUUCUGUUGUGGAUGUCUCUCUGUUAACCCCAAUGAACGAUUGCCCUUUUUGCAGAGGCUCCGGUGGUGAAGGUGACCAGGAAGGCAGACUAUGACGGCCUGGAGACCCUCGUUUGCCAAGUCCACGGCUUCUACCCCAAGGAGAUUGAGGCCAACUGGGUGAAGGACGGGGAGGUCUGGCAGGAGGGCACCCUCCGAGGAUUGGUCGCCCCCAACUCGGACGGGACCUACUAUCUCUUGCUCAGUGUCCAGAUCGACCCCGAGGAGAGGGAGCGCUUCCGGUGCCGCGUGGAGCAUGACAGCCUGGAGAAGCCUCUGGACGUGGCCUGGGAGAAGGAGCCUGGUGAGAGACAGACAGACAGAAAGGCAGGAGGGGAAGGGGUGGGGAACCCCAGCUGGAUCCUGUCUAUGUCUCUAGAGCAGCAGUUCUCAACCUGUGCGUCCCCAGAUGAUGUUGGACUACAACUCCCAUCAUCCCUGAGCUCUGGCCUUGCUAGCUAGGAGUGAUGGGAGUUGUAGUUCAACAUCUGCGGAUCCACAGGUUGAGAAAGGCUGCUCUGGAGGGAAGCAACUGAAUCGGAAUCUGUAGAUUUCAGCAGAGAUGCAGCCUUUUCUGGCAAGUGUCUCAUAGGCCUUGAACUCAAAUUGGAUGUCGUAGGUAAAAACUAGCCGUCACCUUUUUGCCUUUAAGCCCAAGUAGUUGUGAUGUCAAAGAAUGUGGGGACAUAUUUUACUACUUCAGAAUCAAAGACUCUUCACAUGGCUGACUAGCUCACUGCUGCGGCUGAAAAAGGAGCAACGAACUUGAAAGAGGGAGUCCCAGACUGACUGUACUUCACAGUGAAAAAGAUUCUCACUCGCUCCUCCUCACACUCGCGCCCAGCUAGAAAAACUGAUACUCAUCCCCACUCAGCCCAAACACCCGCACACCUCUGGGAAGAGCAGGAAGGGUUUUUUAAUAAUGCUCGUCUCUCACACACCGCCAGGAAAGCUGCACCUGCAGGAACCAAAGCAGAAUGUCUAAGAGCAAGACUCCCUUUUCCCCAGCAGGAGCACAUGAACGCACAUCCCCACCCACACCCCAGACUCCCCUUCUCACAGGCAGGCAAGCGAGAAUUAUGGAAGCGGACCUUGAGCCAAAGACUCACACAGGCAGGGUAGAGGGGACCAGGGCUCACUCACCAGCGCUACGGACUUCAGAGAUUCCACCCAAACAAAAAAACCUGGACAUUUUGCCUCAUUUUAAGAAUCUGUCUGGACAGACAUUUUAAGUCUGAAAAAGAGGGCGUGCCCAGGAAAAACCAGACGUAUGGCAACCCUACACAAGAUGCUUCUUCCUAAGGGUUUGUGCCUUCCCUGAAGGCCUGUAAUGCUGGGCUCUGGGGGGUCUCAGAGGGGAGGGAAUCUCUUCUUCUCAGGGUCAGGACAGAGAAGGCUGAAGCGCCUGAGCAGGAGGAGACCUGCUUUUAAGUUUUGAGUCUGUAAUGAAACAGGUGUGCCUGUCAACUGUCUUCCUUAAAUGAAUUGGUUAUUUUGAAGACCUCUAAUGCUGGACUCUGGUGGAAAAAAUCUCCCUUGUAUCGGGGCCACUACAGAGAGGACCUUGGCCUGUCAGGAGAGAGAGAGGGCCUGCUUUUCACACGUAAAAUCCUCCCGGGCUCAUAGCCCAGCACCUCCACUCCAAUCUCCUGCUUGAGGCCUUGGGGAGCUGCUGCUGCCAGUCUGAAUAAAAAUGUCUCUUGUCCCCUUUUAGUCAACCUGGGGCUCAUUGUGGGAGCUAUUCUGGGUGUCAUGGCUGCUAUCCUGCUGGUCUCUGGGAUCAUCUUCUUCUUCAUCCGCAGUAAGUAAACCCUGGAUGUGUUUGCUGCCUCUCCUGUGUCCUUCUGUCUCGGCCUCCAACUGGGAAUGUGCUGGUGGAGCUUCCUGGCAAUUGUCGCUGGCAUCCCUACAGAGACCCCUCCCCAUAAAACACCCUUUGAACAUGAACCAAAAGUCCUGUUGGUCAUUGCUUUGCGCUCACUCUGUGCUCAGGAAGUUCACUUUCCACCUGACGUUUUAAACAGUCCUAAGCCUUCAGUCCUGUGCACACUUACCAGGGAGCCUUCCUUGCAUAUCUUUAGGCGCCAGGCAAAAACAUUUCUCUCCAACCAGGCCUUUGGCCUUUUAAAUGUUGUUUGUGGGAGGGGAGUUACUGGUUUGUUUUUGCUUUAUUCUGUAUUUUGUGCUCUCAUUUUGUAUUUUUAUGUUGUGAAGCACCCUGCUAUCUUCAAUAAAUGAAUAAAUAAAUAUUGAUCUGGGAGGAUGCUGUAUUGAACUGAAUAGGACUUUCUUCUGAGUAGACUUGCCUAGAAUUGCACUGUUAAAGUUCAUUAUGUCUUCCCUCCCCCCUCUCCGGGCAAAUUUAAGGAUUAGGGGUCUGCUGGGAGUGCAAUAAUAAUCUGAAAUGGAAUGAGUGAAGGGAUUGGAUUCCCAUGGUUCCCAUGUUGAUUUUUUAAUUUAAUUUCCUCAAUUUUUUCUACUUCUUUGUAAAAUGAGUUCCUUGAAAUGCUCCCCUUCUGGGCUUCCCUUCCUUGGAGGUGUUUGGAAGAGACAAGAGGAGCAUGUGCUGGGAAGGUUUCAGCAUCUUGAGAGCCAGAUUGUCGAAAUGUAAUUGUGUGGCCUCUGGAGGUCCCUUCCAGCUCUGACCUUCUGCUUUUGUCUUCACAGGGCAACGGAGCAAGAAAGCAGCCUACGAAAAAACCGCAAGUGAGUGACUCCUCCCUUCUCUCUGUCUAUUUUCCCCCAAUAUGGGGCAGGAACAGGUUACAAACAGACAAAACUAAACCUGGUGGUGGCCUGGUCCUUAAGCCCAAGACCCUGAUGGAAAGCUUAAGCCUGUCUGCUCAGCCUGUCUGUGGACAGCAAGGGGUCCCUCAGGGCCAGGAAAAGGCUGCAGAGAGACUGUCGGCUGAGGGAGGGGCUCCAGGAACGAGCAGGAGGAAGAGCCGAGGGUGCGGGGAAAGAGGGAUCUCUGGUGGUUUAAUCUACCUGAAGCUAAAGAUUUGGUUGGUUAGCUGUAGUCUGUGGGUGUUAGGAACCCACCAUUGCUCUCCCCCACUCCUUCUGCCUUUCUGCCCAGAUCGCAUCCACCCCCGCUCUAGUCCCCCGCUGCCUCCAUGCCAGGCUGUGCCCAUCUCUCUUUGCCGCCCAGCACCUGCUUCUCCCCCCACUGCUGUCCUUGAGCCCCCUUGCCUCUGGGCUGCCUGUCCCUGAACUCUUCUUAGACCCCUCCCCAUAUUGAGACUGAUUUGGGAUGGGGUUGGAAGGAGGGAGGAGAAGGGCUGGGGGGAUGGGAUCUCCCUCCCCGGGAUCCUGACUCUUAUGUUUCCUCCCUUUUGCAGCAAAUGACCAGGGGUCCGACAGCUCCGCCAGGGGUAAGUGGGGGUGCAGGUGGGGGCAAAGGGGGUCUUUUGCAGAAGACUCCGUGGGGAACAUCCCCAAAUGGGGGAAAGGUUCUGUUACCCACCUUGGGGUUUCCAAGAGUGACAUAAUCUGCAGUGUCCAUUGAGCUGAAAAUCGCUCUUGUGACUCAUUCUGUGUGUUCAUCUGAGCUUCAUGGAGAAUUCUCUCCAUUUGAGAAACGGUUUCUACCCACUAUCCGAAUGACAGAUAGUCACAUUUUGGGUUCUGGAAGAGAUUUUUCCUUCUGGUAGGACUGCUUUGUGUCCUUCCGGUAUUCCCCCAAAGUGUGCAGCUUGACUCACUUGCUUGAGCUGCCCUCUGCAGGCAUUUGCUCUACAGGCCCAUUUUGGUGACACUACUAGCAUAUCUUAGGUCUGAUCUGACAUGAUGAGGGAUGGUGGCUUUCCUUGGGAGGCUGGACUAGAUGUCCUUUGGGUUCCCACUAGCUCUGUAAUGCUGAUGCCCCCACACCAUGAUGUUGGCUUAACUUUGAAACACUUCUGUUCUUUAUUUCUGCAGUUUCAUACCAGCCUGGUGUGUGA